GUAAUAUUACGUUAAUUGGAAGGUCGUGUAGCUCGUGGCUCUUUCAACGUUUGAGAUGUCAGAUACAGAAACCUUUGAAUGGGAAUUGUCUAAAGAAAAUGUGAAACCAUUAAAAUGUGGUCGAUCUGUGGAUCUGUUAAAUAAAGUUCUUUCAUCACAAAGAUCAAGUGAAUUCCAACUAAAACGUCGUCUUUUGAGGGAGUAUUUUGAAUUGAAGUUGGCAAGUUUGCCUGCUUCCAACGAGAAAUUUCAUCUGUAUAUUAGAUAUAUCAAAUGGAUAGAGCAAAAUUAUCCCACCCUAGGCAGAUGUGCUGAUUUACAAAAUGUUCUUUAUCGGUGUAUACGCGACUCCUCAGGACUAUCUGAUAUCAAGAAUAAUAAUGACUAUGUUAACUGUUGGAUGAAAUUAACGGAAUACUGUGAUCAACCAACAGAAUUAUGUGAAUUAUUAUUCAGACAAGGUGUUGGUACAAUGUGUUCAACACUGUAUGUAAAAUGGUGUGAAUUAUUGGAGAAGGGUAAAAAUUACCGGAAAAUUGCUUCUAUCUACGCUCAUGGUUUACGUGCAGGUGCUAGACCAUUGUUAUGGUUGGAAGAUAGAGCUGAAUCAUUUUUUCAGCGAUAUGAAAAUUGUUUCAAAUUCUCUGCCAAUAAUGAUAACAAUAAUGACGAUCAUAUGUCAGUGUGGAGUAAAAAUUUAUUCCCUGAACCGAGCAAUUCGCAUAAUCAAAUUCAAACUGAAAAUACACGUCAAAAAUUGGCAUCUUUACGAUUAAUUGAAUCAGGUGGACAGAGUGAGAAUCUGGUUGCACCAGUUGUUCGAACCAGAGAAAUGUGGCAUCCUAACCAAUCUGGUCUGGGUACUUUGAAUCCAACCUCCAAAAGUACACGUAAUACUACAUGUAAUUAUGAAAUUAAAGUGGAUAAAAUAUCUCAAGAGAAUCCACUACUGAUACAUGAUUUACCACCUAUCACAGAUACUACUACAUUACAAUUAAAUAAUCAAACAUUAGAUUUUAUUCGUCCAGCUGGUAUGCUUUCAUCAUGGCAAAAAGAAAAUCUAAAAGAACCUGGACCAUGGAAUGAUGUUAAAAUAACUUCUGGUCGACCUGUACCAUCGUCUGUUAGACCAACACGUGAACCUGAAUGGCAGAUUUUUACAGAAGAUCAAAAUAAUACACAACAAGAGCAAUCUAACAUUUCAAAUGCGACGAAUGAUGUACAACCGUCUGUAUGUAAUGUUAAACGUAAAGGUUUGAAAGUGGUGAAAGACUUUAGUGAAGAUGAUGAUGUCCGUCAACAGAAGUCUGUGAAAACACCCUACAUUGAAGUGGAGUCAUUCAACCGUCUAUUGAAUUUUAAUGGAUGUACUAAAGAAUUAUAUAAUGAUAAUAAUACUGGAGAUAUUACUACUAAUACCGAUAAUAAUAAUAAUGGCGCAGAAGACAAAAAUAAAGAACUGUUAACUAAAUUAAAUUUACCAAGUCUUCCAGGCGAUAAAAUACCAGAUUUUGAAUGUUUCGCUUUUGAUAUUUCUCUUAUCUAUGGUGGUAUUGAAGAAUUAUGCUGGGAAAUGCAUCGUGGUGUUAAAUGGAAUAUUGAAUAUACUGAUGUACACCGAAAUAGUAAUCCACAAGAAAGAUGUCGAAAUAAUAAUUCUAAUGAUUGGAAUAGAGAAGAAGCUAAAUUAAUCAAUGAAAUUGAUGAUAUUAUUAAUGGUGUAAAGGAAACUACAUUGAAUAAUGAAUUUGUGAAAAUUGAAAAUGUUCAAUCAACUCGUCAAACACUUAUCAAAUCAUUGGAAAGCAUUGCAUUGAAUCAAGGAUAAAUGAAAGAAAAAUGUCAACCGUACAAUGAGUGAAUCAGUAGUAGUAGUCAGAAAGAGGAGAGAACAAUCAAUACCUUAUCAUCGCUAUUUUUAUACGCUUUGCUUCUUGUUUCUAUCGCCUGUUUUGCCCGCAUCAUCUUUGCCUCCUUUCCUCUUCUGCUUCUUCUUGUUUACUUUUACUCUCUGUGUGUGAAACAGUACAGUAACAUUCGUAGAAUCUUUCAUAUGUGCAUUUGUUUUGGUGUUAUCGUUUAACACUUGCUUUCAAAAGUGAUGAGUAAGUCAGGAGAAUACGCAAACGGGUCUUGUUUAAUUGUGAAGCAUUGACAAUUUUCAAUUUUAUUAUUGAACAAUGAAUAAAUAAAAAUAGUCCAGUUUUA